AUGGAGAGGUCCAUGCAGGAAAUCAAUAAAGAUCCUCUCCUCUUGCCCAACCUCACCUUGGGUUAUAACCUCCAUGACAACUUUCGAGACAGAAGAUUGACAUUGGAUGGUCUGUUGGAUUUGCUUUCAACUGGAGAGGCCAAUGUUCCCAACUACAGCUGCGGAAGGAAGAGAAACAUGCUGGUUCUCCUGGAAGAGGCCAACUCUGAUAUAUCCAUCCUCAUGGCUGCCAUAUUGGGCAUCUACAAAAUCCCACAGAUGAGCUACACUUUUAUUUCACCCUUCCUGAGGUAUAAAACUCAAUUACCCUUUUUCUACCGGACCGUCCCCAAAGAAGGUGCUCAGAACCUGGGAAUUGUUAAAUUGCUGCUGUAUUUUCAAUGGACGUUCAUUGGCCUCCUUGCUGCAGACACUGAUAACGGAGAACGUUUCAUCAGGACCUUCAGUCCACUCCACCAUUUCCUGAAGAAUCCCCAGAUCUACAACAACACCAUGCAAGGGAUGUACUUGGAUGGGAAUGGAGAUUUGAUGGCUGACUUUGACCUUAUCAACCAGAGCCCAAUGAUCUUACCCAACAUCACCCUGGGCUACAAUAUUUAUGACAACUUCUUCAGUGCAAGAAUAACCUAUGAGGCCAUGAUGGACUUCCUGUCUACAGGGCAGGAGAACAUCCCAAACUACAGAUGUGGAAGACAAAAGAAUCUGCUGGCAGUUCUUGAAGAGGCGGCAUCGGAACUCUUUGAUCAUAUUUCCACUUUCUUGAGCCUCUACAAAAUUCCACAGAAAGUUUGGGAAAAAUGCACAGAAAAGGAGAUCCAGGAGAACCCGCCCCGUGCUAUGGUGAAAAGAUACCUGUUGAACGAUGGUGCCAGUAUUUCCGAUGCAAUCCAAGCUGUGGCCUGGAUCCUCAGUGCGGCUUCUUUCUCCCAACUGAGGAAGAGGAGGAUGCAGGCUUUGCUGAUCAGAUGUACAGAACGUUGUUCUCCAGGACAAGUCAAGCUGAUGAGAGAGGGAGCAGCUGUUUGCUGCUACGACUGUUCUCUGUGUGUGGAAGGAACAUUCUCUGUUCAAGAAGAUGCAGCUCAUUGCAGCAGGUGUCCAGAUGACCAGUAUUCAAAUAAAAAGCGAGAUCAGUGUGUCCUGAAAACUAUAAGCUUCUUGUCUUACAAAGAAAUCUUGGGACUCCUCCUGGCUUCCUUUGCCCUUACUUUGUCCCUAACCACUGCCUUUGUUCUGGGAAUCUUCAUUAAAUACCGAGAAACUCCCAUAGUCAAAGCCAACAACCGGGACCUCACUUACAUUCUCCUGGUUUCCCUCCUCCUUUCAUUCUUGACCUCCCUUCUAUUCAUCGGUCAGCCCAACAAAGUGACCUGCUUUCUUCGACAAGCCACUUUCAGCAUUGUUUUUUCUGUUGCCGUGUCCUCCUUGCUGGCCAAGACUGUUAUGGUGGUGGUGGCUUUCCUAGCUAAAAAGCCAGGGAGCAGGAUGAGGAAGUGGCUCGGGAAGAGUCUGGCCAACUUUAUGGUAUUUUCCUGCUCUUGUGUUCAGGUGGGCAUCUGCAUCAUGUGGCUUGGAAUCUCUCCCCCAUUCCCACAUUCUGACCUGCAUUCCCAACCAGGACAGAUCCUUCUGCAAUGCAAUGAAGGCUCAGUCGCCAUGUUCUACAUCGCCCUUGGUUACAUGGGCUUUCUGGCUGCCAUUUGUUUCUUGGUGGCCUUCUUGGCCCGAAAGCUGCCAGGGACAUUCAAUGAAGCCAAAUGGAUCACCUUCAGCAUGUUGGUCUUCUGCAGUGUUUGGGUCUCCUUCGUCCCCACUUACCUGAGCACCAAAGGGAAAUACAUGGUAGCCAUGCAGGUUUUCUCCAUCCUGGCUUCCAGCUUGGGUUUGCUGGGCUGCAUCUUUAUCCCCAAAUGCUACAUUAUUAUGCUGAGACCUGAUCUGAACACAAAGGAGCAACUAAUGAUGAGAAUGAAGGAGGGCUCCUAG